AUGGUACCGGCCUACUUCGAUCCUUCUUCAAAUUCCCAGGCAUGGUCUUCUCUCAAUUCUGCUGCCACCACGCUACCAAACCGGAUCGUAGCAAUCGCAAAUCCGUCCAAUGGUCCAGGCUCUGCAGCUCAAUCAAGCUACCAGAAUGUUAUUACGGCCCUCCAGCGCCAAACAGGCCUGGUUAUCGGCUAUGUCUCGACUAAUUACAGCAACAGAGCUUCCAAUUUGGUCCAAGACGACGUCGAUACGUGGUACCGCUUCUAUCCAACUAUCAAUGGAAUUUUCUUCGACGAAGUUGCCAACACAGACGGGAAGCAGCCUUACUAUCAAAGCCUCUACAACUACGUGAAGUCCAAGAAUUCGAGCUCUCUAGUGGUUAAUAAUCCCGGAGCUCCAACCCUGGAGACAUACCUCUUCUAUAAUGGUUCUCGGGUAGCCGAUGUGAUUUGUAUUUUUGAGAGCGGUGUUGGUGGGCUGUCUAUGACUCAGAGUUCCUGGACGAGCAAUUAUUCGAGGUAUAACUUUUAUGCCCUGUUCUACAAUGUCACGGAUGUGAAUGUGUCAAGCUUUGACUAUGGAGAUGUUAUUGAUCGUGCUUACCAGCAGAAUGUGGGCUGGGUUUAUGUGACCAAUGAUAGUCUUCCAAAUCCGUGGGACACCAUAGCCAGCUACUUCUCUGGAGAGGUGGACUAUAUUAAAAAUGAUAAUCAGUGCUAA